AUGGCGAGUCGGCAAUGUUGGAGGGGGUCGAUUUCGUCCACACCAUUACGGCGAGGGCCGUUGCUUUCGCGCAGCAGUGCAAGAGCUCCCAUCGGUACCCGAGUCUUGCCCUCCCGUGCUUGCAAUUAUCAUGUGCAGCCUCGACUUGAGCUUGCCUUGGCCUCCGUAAGGGAAAUUAGACCCAGUAUGCAGAAGCAAAGAAAGCAUGUCCCUUUGACACAGAUCCGGCUUUAUGCGGAUAAAGUCGUCAAGGUUCCGGAGAUGGCAGAAUCUAUAUCGGAAGGCACUCUCAAGCAAUGGUCAAAACGUUGGUCUAUUGAAUUAUUCAGAGUUGAGCAACGGAACGCUAAGUACCGUGCAGAGAUUGGAGACUAUGUGGAGCAGGACGAAGAAAUCGCAACAAUCGAAACGGAUAAGAUUGAUGUUGCCGUAAAUGCGCCCGAGCCAGGUACCAUCAAGGAGUUCCUUGCGAAUGAGGAAGACACAGUCACAGUGGGGCAAGAUCUUCUAAAAUUGGAGCUUGGGGGGCCUCCGAAGGGUGGUGAGAAGCAACAAGGAAGCCAGAAACCGAAAUCGCCAGCGCCUGACGAGCAGUCAACUUCAUCUGAUCCUGAGCCACAGAAAGAUAAAGGGAAAUCAGAGCAAGAGUCGCCGCCUCCUCCGCCCUCUCCUGAGAAGGAGUCAGAACCAUCGAAGCAGGAGAGCAAGCCUAGUCCGCCCCCAAAGGAACCCUCCAAGCACAAAGAGCCGUCACCCAAGCCUCAGGAGUCGAAGAAGCCAGAGCCUAAGUCAAAGGAUACGGCACCCUUGGGUAAUCGGGAAGAACGUCGGGUAAAAAUGAACCGCAUGCGCUUGCGCAUCUCCGAGCGUUUAAAACAAUCUCAGAAUACCGCAGCUUCUCUGACAACGUUCAAUGAAGUAGACAUGUCCAACCUUAUGCAGUUCCGAAAACUAUACAAGGAUGAAGUGCUUAAGAAGACGGGUGUCAAGCUUGGCUUCAUGAGCGCUUUCUCCCGUGCCUGCAUUCUGGCGAUGAGAGAUAUUCCCGCCGUUAAUGCCUCCAUCGAGGGCCCAGGUGGAGGUGACACGAUAGUCUACAGGGAUUACGUUGACAUCAGUGUGGCCGUAGCUACUGAAAAGGGUCUGGUAACUCCUGUGGUGCGUAAUACGGAGACGCUGGACUUGGUUGGCAUUGAAAAGGAAAUUGCCGAGCUGGGAAAGAAGGCCCGUGAUAACAAGUUGACCAUCGAGGAUAUGGCUGGGGGAACGUUUACCAUAAGCAAUGGAGGUGUCUUCGGCUCGUUGAUGGGAACACCAAUCAUCAACUUACCGCAGACUGCGGUUCUCGGUUUGCACGCCAUAAAGGAGAAGCCAGUUGCGGUUGAUGGCAAGGUGGAGAUUCGCCCAGUUCGUACUCUCCUUGCCCGCUUCAGCGACAUUCGACUGACCCAGUACCAGAUGAUGUAUCUCGCGCUUACGUACGAUCACCGACUGCUGGAUGGCAGAGAAGCGGUCGUCUUUCUUGUCAAGGUGAAAGAAUACAUAGAGGACCCAAGAAGGAUGCUGCUGGGUUAG